GAAUAAAUCAAAUUAAUCAUGUUACCUCGAGGUGGCAUGAAUUCAAGGAUGAAUUUGGGAAGUGGGUCAAUGCCGCAAGAGAAUGAGCUUCAGUUUCCGGGAAACUGGAUGCCAACGCCACCGCUGAAACCAGUACUAGCAAUAUCCAAUCCAACCCCUGUUUAUGGACAUGGCAACCACAUGGCAGCGACAAACUGGCAAGAACUGCCUGCAUUCCCCAGUGGGUAUGCACUGGGGACACACAAUUACAAUGGAGCAGUGCAAAAUCUUAACAUGGUUGAUCAAGCAAGCAGAACAGAAAGUUAUUACCAUGCUGGCACAGGAUUGGGUGACAGAAUCGGAUUGGUCAAUCAAUUAAAUGGUAUCUGUAAUGAAAGUAUAGGCUGGAAUGAUCAUCUUGUUUACAAUUUUUUGGCACCAAACAAUGCAGCUCCUGCUGCUAUCUCUAUCAACAGAAACCCGAGCGGAAAUACAGGCAUGGCAAGUACAUCUCUGACAAGGAACCUUGAUCCUCAAGCAACCAACUGGAGUCAAUUGCAUCCCAACCAGGGCCAGUGCUCCUUUUUAAGCCUAGUGAGCAAUGAUGACAGCUUACAGCAUACACAACCACCCCAAUAUGGAUGUCCUGUACUUUAUCGACCCCUUUACAAUCUGAACUCACCACCAAGACCAGAAGCUGAUGCAUUCUCAAGCAUAGGCAAUUCAAUCCAAUUCAUACCAGAAACACCAGACCAGAUAAAGAAAUUAGAGAACCAACAGCUGUUGGCAGCAUUGAAUUUCUCAACCGAUGAUGGCUCUAACCGGGAAAAAGAAAACCAGCAGAACUUAGUCACCAGCAUAGGGAAUGAAGCUACCCACCAUCAGUGCGAUGAACUCUUGCAGAACAUUUUAGAAUCAUCUGUUGUCAAUUCUACCAUGCUACAGGAACAAAACAACUCUGAGAAGGAAGUUGAUCCAGUUGAGCUAAACAAGACACCACAGCAAAAGCCACCCAAAAGCAGAAAACACAGGCCCAAAGUAGUUGUAGAAGGCAAACCCAAAAGGACACCAAAAUCUGCAACUCCAAGAAAUACAAAGUCCAAAGAGAACCCAACUGGAAAAAGGAAGUACGUACGCAAGAAGGGCUUGAAGGAAUCAGCACCUCAACAGACAGAUGUUUUGAGAGAGACAACAGAUCCUAGUGCUGGAAACAGUACCAGAUCUUGCAAAAGAACAUUGAAUUUUGACCCAGAGAAGAGAGAUGAAGAACAAGACCAAAUUGAAAUUCAACUGGAGAUGCAACAAAAGAAGAGGCCUUUUAAUUUGAAUUCAGAAUUUCAUGAAACAGAAUUUUUUUCAGGGACAACAAAUGGAUGCAAAAAAAUGUCAGCAGUGCAGGUAGGCCAACUGAAUGGUUUGCCGGUAGAAAAUCAUGUAUCUCAAACCAUAAGUAGAUAUACAUCUUCCUUGCAGCAUGUAACAACUGACCGUGUGUCAUGGUCAGAGAAAACAGUUGAAUCCUCACAAGCUCCACCAGAGAACUUGCAGCAGGAACUCCUGAACAACCUUACCCGAAAUUUAACUGCAGGAAAUGUCAAUUCAUGCCAAAACAGUAGUAAAAUUCAAAAUGGUCCAAUACAGCAAAAUAUCUACCCAGAAAGAGUAGUCCACAGGGACUUUCAAGUGAGAAACAACCAGGAAAAGCUUGAUAGAAUGGGGCAACCCUCUCAGUAUAUCUCUUAUCCAACAUCAACAGUUCCAUCCAACAGUACUGGUACUAGAGGAUCCAAGAGAGAAUAUCAUGCUACUGAGCAUAUGCAUGGAUGUACCUUAAAUAGGGGAUCAUCAUCGUGCCAACAGAUAAUUCAGACGAAUGAAUGCAACAGAACCAGCAGCAAUCAUAGUACAGAUCGCCCAGAAUCUCAGAAGAAAAAGAAAAUUGAGAAUGGACUCCAUAAAAACACAUGGGAUAUGCUUUCUCAUACUGCAGUAGUUGAAGAUAGCUCAAGGCAAGCCGUAAAAAACAGUGUUAUUGCAUCACCAGGAAACCAUGGAACAUAUACCCCCCACAAGAGCGUUGAUUCCAACAGAGGAAAUUUUGAGUUCAGUGUAUCCACUCAGGACCCAUAUGCUCACUCUAAGCCCUAUCUGCGUGAUUGGGUGAAGCAACCUAUAUCAUCUGAACCACAUGCAGGCACGGAAAGAAUUCGAGAGACCAACGGAUUACGUCAAGUUCACAGCCUUCCCAGUAAUGAGAAAUGCAACCUUAUUCCACCCACUCCCCCAAGAAAGGCUCCUGCGCCUAUAGAUAGGCAGCUAGAUUGUGUUGGCCCGACUGAAAAGCAAAGUUUGGGAUCCACUGUGUCAAACUCAGUGCCACUUGAAAAUUCCAGGCUGCAAGGAGGUCAGAACGAACCACUGCAUGAUUAUCAGAAGAACUCAGGAAAGACAGAAGGGCCAUCAGAAAAAGAGGAAUUCUCAGUUAUGAUGGAGAAGAUCAUAAAUGGACUUAAACAUCUCAAUCUUAAUGAUGACAGAGGCAAACAAAUAAUGGGGCAAGAGCAAAAUGCACUUGUUCUGUACAAAGCAGAUGGUUCAGUUGUUCCAUAUGUAGGGUCUGACUUUAUAAAGAAACGUAAACAACGGCCUAAAGUGGACCUUGACCUAGAGACAAACAGGAUAUGGAAUUUGUUGAUGGGUAAGAAGGGAAGCGAAGCUGACGAAGGAUUAGACAAGGAAAAGGAGAAGUGGUGGGAGGAAGAAAGGAGAGUUUUCCGGGGACGAGCUGAUUCGUUCAUUGCCAGAAUGCAUCUUGUACAAGGAGAUAGGCGCUUCUCACAGUGGAAGGGCUCAGUUGUAGAUUCAGUUAUCGGAGUUUUCCUCACUCAGAAUGUUUCCGAUCACCUAUCAAGCUCUGCUUUCAUGUCUCUAGCUGCACAGUUUCCUCCGAAAUCAGGGUGCCAUGUAAGACAUGAGUUGGAUAGAACGAGUGUACUGAUUGAACCAGAAGUCUGUGUACUGAAUCCAAAUGACACCAUCACAUGGCAAGAAAAGAUAGUAAAUCGUCCACCAGACAAACAAAGUUCUACAAUUAAUGGAUCGCACCUAGGAAUAGAAAGAACAAUCAUAGUAGAGACAUAUAGUCAGAGCCUGGAGGAACAAUUUCUAUCAUCACCAGAUUCUUUUGAUUCUUUAAUUGUCCAACCCUAUGGAGGAAUAAGAUCAUACUCAGGUUCCAAUUCUGAUGCAGAACAUCCUACUACUGGAACCAAAGAAACCAACAUUCCUGGUUCAGGAAAAUUUUCACAGAGUGCCAUCUCAUUUGAUGAAUUUUUUACUCAGGUUAAUGGGAGCCCACUAUUUCAUAGAGGAACCAUGCAUGGGCACUUGCAGAUAGAUAUGGAGAAUAACCAGCAAAAGCCAAGAACAAAUAGAACUGAGAACUUCAAGAGCUCCACAUUUACUCAGCCAACCAACUUUAAUAUUUCAGAAUUGCAGAUGCCAGCCACUCCUAGUAAGUUUCAGCUGGACGCAAUUUCACAGCCCCAAGUAAUUGAAAUAGACAGUUCGGAAACAGCUAGUGAAGAGCAAACAUGGUCUUGGCCUGCAAUUGCUUCUGGACUGGAUAAAGGAAAAGAUGCCAAUGACUUAUACAGAAGUAUUAGACAAACAACUAAUGUGAAAAUGUUGGCCCAAGACAAUGAAAUACCAAGAUUUCAAGAUGUAUCAGAAGCGGACUCAUGGGCAUUAUCAAGAAAGGAAAACACCUCACAACCUGGAUCUUGCACUACAUAUGAUCAAGUCUGCAAUGGUCAUCAAAAUCAGAUGAAGACUUUCCAACCACAGGAGACACCGGUUGUAAAGCUUGUUAAUCGUCCAGAAACAUUUGAAGAGAGUAGAAGCAGUACCAUGAAGCAUAUGUUUAAUGCACCUGAACUCAUGAAGAGAACUGAUGCUGAUAAGGGAAUCAAUCUGGCAAAUAAACAGAAAUUCUUGGACAACAAAUUGGUUGAAUCAAAUUCACCAGUGAAGGCAUAUGAUGAGACAAAUACCAGUGUUUCAAAAGCAAAAAAAGGAAAGGCUGAGGUUGACAAAAAUAAUGCAAUUGAAUGGGAUAAUCUAAGAAGGCAGGUGCAGGCUAAUGGUAGGAAAAAGGAACGAAGCACAGACACAAUGGACUCACUAGAUUAUGAAGCAUUGCGUUAUGCUGAUGUUAAUGAGAUUUCUAAAGCUAUUAGGGACAGGGGAAUGAACAACAUGCUAGCAGAACGAAUAAAGGAAUUCUUGAACCGCCUUGUUAGAGAUCAUGGAAGCAUGGAUCUUGAAUGGUUAAGAGACGUCCCCCCAGACAAAGCGAAGGAUUAUCUCUUAAGUAUACGAGGAUUGGGAUUGAAAAGUGUGGAGUGUGUGCGCCUCUUAACACUUCAUCAUCUUGCUUUUCCGGUGGAUACAAAUGUUGGACGGAUAGCUGUUAGACUGGGAUGGGUCCCUCUCCAACCAUUGCCAGAAUCACUUCACAUACACCUCUUAGAACUGUACCCAGUGCUGGAGUCUGUUCAAAAAUAUCUUUGGCCAAGAUUGUGUAAACUUGACCAGCGAACACUGUAUGAACUACAUUACCAGCUGAUUACAUUUGGAAAGGUCUUUUGCACAAAGAAUAAACCAAACUGCAAUGCGUGCCCAAUGAGAGGAGAAUGCAGACACUUUGCAAGUGCUUUUGCAAGUGCAAGACUCGCACUACCUGGACCAGAAGAGAAGAGUAUAACAAGUGCAACUGUUCCCAUUAUACCAGACAAUAGACCCUUCAUGGUUACAAAUCUGAUGCGACUUCCUCAACCAGAGAAGAAUUUACUGACAGCAAGGCAUGCUGAUGGAAAGUGUGAACCUAUAAUUGAAGAACCAGCAACACCAGAACAAGAAUGCCUGGACGUAUUAGAAAGUGACAUUGAAGAUUUCUUUUGGGAGGAUCCAGAUGAAAUUCCAACAAUAAAGCUUAAUGUUGAGGCGUUCUCAGCAAAUGUACAGCAUUAUAUGCAAGAGAAAAUGGAACUCCAAGAAGGUGACAUGUCCAAAGCUUUGGUUGCUUUGAAUCCCGAAGCCGCUUCCAUUCCUACUCCCAAACUGAAGAAUGUUAGUCGACUACGGACAGAGCAUCAAGUGUAUGAGCUUCCAGAUUCACACCCUCUCUUGAAAGAGAUGGACAGACGAGAACCCGAUGAUCCUAGUCCAUACCUCCUCGCUAUAUGGAGACCAGGUGAAACAGCAGAUUCGAUUCAACCCCCUGAACAAAGAUGUGAGUCUCAAGAAAAAGGCCAACUGUGUGAUAAGGAGACAUGCUUUCCAUGCAACAGCAUAAAAGAAGCUGAUUCACAAACAGUCAGAGGAACACUUCUGAUACCUUGUAGAACAGCAAUGAGAGGAAGCUUUCCACUCAAUGGGACGUAUUUUCAAGUUAAUGAGGUCUUUGCAGAUCAUGCGUCUAGCCUCAAGCCCAUUAAUGUUCCAAGAGAGUGGUUAUGGAAUUUGCCAAGAAGAAUGGUGUAUUUUGGAACAUCUGUAACAUCAAUAUUCAAAGGACUAUCAACAGAGGGUAUUCAGUACUGCUUUUGGAAAGGAUUUGUUUGUGUGAGAGGUUUUGAACAAAAAACAAGAGCACCUCGACCUCUUAUUACCAGAUUGCACUAUAAAGGAAGUAAGUUAGUGAAGACAAAAAAUGAAAAGAACAAAUAAGCACACCAUAUGAUUCGGAGAAGAUCAUUAACAAAAGCACUAACAGGGUCGCUCCAUAGAAGAAAAGAAAAGAAAAGACUGCUGACCUUAGAGAAAAUCAUUUUUGACUAAUAUCGUGUUGUACAUUCAAUUGUUGUUUUUAUAUCAUAAGGUGCAUUCAGCAAAUGAGGUCAGAAUAAAUUUUCAGAUUAGAUUUUAAGAUCCCAUGCAAGUGGGACUUAACCUGUACAUACCUGAAGCUUUUGAUGAUUAUUUUAAUUCAUGCUCAAACGAGCCCAUUCUCAAAA